AACAAAAAGGCCCGCUGUUCUGACAAUCUGAGCUACCGCCACAAAAUUCGCAUGCACCGUGAUAUUUUUUUUUGACUUCCUCCCUCUCCGAUACAGGCCCAUAAAUCCGAGCUACCAUUUUCGUCCCCUCCUUCGUCCCGGCCAUGGCAGACACCGCAGCCCAGUCUCUGGACGAGUAUACAUUUGAAUACAAGGGAUUUAACUUCCCAAAGGAUGAAAUCACACCAGAGUGCAUCGACUCUCUGGAGGACUUUGAGAUCAGAGACAGCGACGUUUUCAUCGUAACGUAUCCAAAGUCUGGUACAGUCUGGACACAGCAGAUUCUGACCCUGAUCUAUGCAGAAGAAGAUGCAGCUGAAUUCAAAACAACUUACGAACGAGCCCCAUGGCUGGAAUUCCAAGAGAAGGGGCAGGAUUACAAUGCAAGACCCUCCCCUCGCCUCUUUGCAUCUCACCUGCCCUAUUAUCUGGUGCCAAAGGCCUUGAGAAACAAAAAAGCAAAAGUGAUUUAUAUCGUAAGAAACCCGAAAGACGCCAUGGUGUCGUACUUUCAUUUCCAUAAUAUUAUGGUGAAGAUGGAAAAGACAAAAGAUUUCAGUAGCUUUAUGGAUAAAUAUGUAAAUGGCAAAGUGAUGUGCAGCUCUUGGUUUGACCACAUCAGGGGCUGGUACAGUCAUAGGGACCAGUUUGAGAUGCUCUUCAUGACCUAUGAGGAAAUGAUCAAGGAUCUCCGGGCUGCUGUGCUGAAGAUCUGUACCUUCCUUGGAAAGCGUCUGGAGGACUCAGCCGUUGACAAGAUUGUGAAACAAGCAACCUUCAAGAACAUGAAGAACGACCCCAGAGCAAACUAUGAGUUCCUGCCCGAGGACGUCAUGCACAAGGACCGGGGCAGAUUCCUACGGAAAGGUACUAUCGGAGACUGGAAGAACACUUUCACGGUGGCCCAGAGCGAGUUCUUCGACAAAGUGUUCCAGCAGAAAAUGAAGGACCUUCCUCUGAAGUUCAUCUGGGAUAUUAAUGAAGACGCGGCCUGAGCGAGGGGAUACAUUCUCAAAGAGUUUACUACCAGUCUGGAAUAGACCUGCACCGGGAACCUUUAAAAAAUACUAGAGUCUGUGCUUUUAAAGGAGUUCCCCCCAGUAGGGUGUGCUGACAAGAGAUUGAUGGGGCGAAUGGCCUUUUCUCGUUCCCAAAUUAGUUUCAGAGGGGACAGAAAUUUUGAAAAAUUCAGCUUUUAGAAGCGGUGGAUAAAAAGAUCAAUAGUUAUUAAGUCUAUGAAACAGCAAUAUAGAUUGAUAGAGAACACACAUAAUACGAUGUUAAUCAUGUAAUACAUUAGAUAUUCAGUAUCUAUGAACAGAAAUUCUAUUUCAGUUAUGCAUAGUAUCUUCAGUAGUAAAGCCACAAUCAUCACAGACUUGAGUAAACUCUAUGGAAUUGUGUCCCACAGACUAAUAGGGUUUUAGUAUAUAACAAAAGCUAACCUUUCAACUCAUGUUUAAAUCUUUAAAAACAAUAUAAAAGUAUUACGUUUUUUUUUUGUUGUUGUUUUUUAACGCUGCUUGUAAAACAUUUGAAUCUCUAAAAGCAGGUCGUCAGUACAAGUUAUGAAGCUCGUUCCUCUGCAGGUGUUUCAGUGUAAUGACACUGAUGGAGCUUUGCAAUACAGGAUUCCUGAGACACAGCAUUUUUAAUUCUUUCAAUCUGGGUUUAGUACAAUAGCUUGUACACCCUGAAAAGAUCGUGCUGUUCUAAUCUCAAACUGUGCUUGUACGAGCUCACCUGCAACAAACAUCUUCUCCACAAGAGGGCACUCUUGUGCACUCUACUGGUCCAAACAAUUAUUAUUCUAGUGCAACAUACAAUAAAACGUUCUAAACACAAACGGAUAACUAUAGGCCUUGCAUGUGCACACAGUAUACUUAUUUUAUAAGUUAAUAUGUACAGCUGAUCCUGUCUCUUAUGGAAUGGGUUUUCAACCAGGGGUACCCCGCCUGUACCAAUGGGGUACUCUUAAGGGUCAUAGGAGGUACACAGGACGACAGAAAUGCAUGAUCUUAAAUAAUGACCUUAACCUUUUGACCUGUUAAUUGUGUACUAAGUAGGCUACAGUAAAAAAGAAAAUGUGCUAAUAUCAUUUAGUUUUAAUUAAAAAUAAUAUUUUACUAUUUUCACUUUUGUUUAAAUAUUCAAUUAGGACCAAACAUUUUACUGUCGUUUAAAUACAGAAAUACAUUUAAGAGACUCGCACACACUGGUGUGUUUUGUUUUAAAGCCCUGUUAUUUUAAUGAUUUAAAUGAUGGUGGUAUUUAGGUUCGCCAUCAUUAGGAUCAAUUGACUUCAAAAUGCAUUGAAUUAUUUCCUUUAUAUAAAUCAAUGUAGUUAAACGUAUAAAAUAAAUGAGGAACAUAUGUGAUUUUCCUAUAAACUUUUAAUUAACCAAUUAAUUGUAUUUCUAAGAAUGUGAACAAUAAAUAUGAAGUAUAUUAAAGGUUUUUUCAUUGGCCAAACUGUAAUUGUUGUCACUAUAUAGUACACAGAUAUUUAAAGCUUCUUACCAACUCAAGUAAAGACAAACUCCUCUAUUCUUCUUGAAAAUCGUCAGGCCUAAAACAAAGAUUCUAAAUAAAUGCUCACUAUUUGUAAAUAUUUUUCAAUAAUUUGCCGUUUCACUGUUGUAAUUUCUUGAGUGUGCGCAUGCUGUUUGAUUGGUGCAGUAGCUGAGGGCAGUGAAGGAAUCCUCUUAAACAGCACAGGAAUGACAAGAGAGCGAGAGCAGUGAAAAGGUCAAGACAGGCAGCACUGUGGAAACUUGAGCGUCUCACUCACAAUAACAACAAAAGCUUAAAGUGUGCCAUGGAUCAAUACGAACAAAGAGCAAGUAGAGUUAUUAAGUAAGGAAGUAUUUCAACUGCAAAUUAUCCAAAUCUAAGGGCCAUAUUCACAAAACAUGUUCCACUGCGUGUUGUGCACCUGCAAGCGCUAAUGUUACAGAACUGUCAAGAAACAAAUAAGAUGUGGUGACACUUUCUAAUUACUGUGUAUUUACAAAGUACUGCAUUUACACAGUAAAUACAGGUGCACUUACACAUCAUUACAUAACUUCAGAGAUUUGUUUUUAAGGAGAAUGCUUUAUGAAUACGAGUUAUUUGACAGCAAAUGAAAGUCAUUUUCAUUCUCUGUUAUCUGUCUAAUUGAAACUCCUUUCUCUGAUAUCUGUCCAAUGAGUUUCGGAGUGUGCAUUAUUAAUUAUAAGUGGGGGGUUUGAUUUUAGGGCUUUAUUCAAGAAAGGCUAAGUGCAACCCACCCAGUUUCCAUCUGAAAAAGGGGUAUAUUUGUA